CAGUUGCUUUCUAGUGUUUGGGUUUCCGCGCUGACGGUGUUGUUGUGUUGUUUUAAAAUGACGCUGAAUAACCAAUGCUUUAAGCAAACCAGUCAAAAAAGAUGGCGGCGCCCAUGGCCAGUGGUGACGAAAUUACUGAUGAUCUUGACAGGAUGUUGUCUGCUAUUACAUCUCUGCUUCAACCUGUUUGUUCUGAGAAUUGCGUAGGAAGCGAAAGUGGUUUUCUUAGUGCAGUUGCAAUUUGGAUAAACAAGCCACACGUUGUUAACAGAAGGCUCUGUGGAUCUAAGUUUGAACUGGUUACCGUAGUAACUGUUCUGAAUGCCUUCCCAGAUUGGCUGUUGGUAAAAAGAACAUUUUCUGAUCUUGAUCUUGUGUGCGAUUUUGAAACGUUUUUUAACAAUAAAAAUGAAAGCCUUAUGGACAAACCUCAAGAAGAUGGUUCAUUUCCAUUUAUUGGGGCAAAUGACAGACACGAGCAUGAGGCUGUGGAGGAUAUUAGAGACUGUAUAGAUGCCAUCCCUAAUGAUGCCUUCUUGGUGAUAGUGCGACAGAUGUUACAAAAACAACCAGAAAAACAUGAGAAUAUUGCCGAGUUAAUUAUAAUUGACAGGAAAACAUGCCAAUGUACAUUUAUACCACUGAGGAAGCAAGGAUCAGGUGAAUAUCAUGAUGUUGCCUACAGUUUUAAAUAUGCAGCCAAUCCAAAACCAUGCCUAACUCUGUAUGCAAGCACCAAUGACUGCACAUUGGAUUCAAAAAGAAAGCUCUCUGUGACCUGGAUUCAAAAUCAGCUUCUCCAGAAGAUUGCAAGGUGGAGUGAGCAGCCCUCACUGCGCACGCAGGUGACCUCAUUGUGUCUGUUGAACAUAGAGGAAUACAACAGGCUCUACAGCGAACUGAAGAAGACAUAUGGUCUUUAUUUUGCAAAGAUAUGGCCUGAGACAACAAAUCCAGAGAAAUUUGUGUAUGAAGAUGUUGCCAUAGCAACUUAUCUACUGUGUCUGUGGAGAGGGGAAACAGAGAGGUCGGGGUUGCCUAGGAAACAGAGGUUUGUUGACCUUGGCUGCGGCAAUGGUCUUCUGGUACAUAUACUUAACUCUGAAGGGCACCCGGGCUAUGGGAUAGAUUUACGCAGGAGAAACAUCUGGGAUUUGUAUGGGCCAGGCACAGAUCUCAGGGAAGCAAGCAUAACUCCCUCCAAUGAGUGUGUAUUCCCAGAUGUUGAUUGGUUGAUAGGUAACCAUAGUGAUGAGCUCACACCUUGGAUACCCGUCAUGGCUGCGAGGUCAUCCUACAACUGCAAGUACUUUGUGCUGCCAUGUUGUUUCUGGGACUUUAUUACGCGGUUCAGUUUUGACAAAAGCUCCUCAAAGGGAGUUGACUCCAGUGGCAAGUACCGCCAGUAUCUAAACUACAUCAGGGACAUCGGAGAGACAUGUGGCUUCAGAACAGAGGAGGACAUUCUACGCAUUCCAUCUACCAAGAGGGUGUGUUUUGUUGGAAGGUCCCGGAGCUAUUCUUCUUUAGAGGAGGAACAAAUGGACGCCAGCAGGCUAGACUUCCUGUCCUGCAAGCAGACCUUAGUUACACAACAGAAGGACGAACCAAUGAUACAGGACCAAGAUAAAACUGCAGCUGAUUCUGAAGGACAAUGGACGGCAGACUUCACCCCUCGUAGCAAGGUGGAAACCACACGUAACUGUGUGGCCAUUAGUCAGGAAAUCAAGACGCUUGUAGUUAUGACGGUGUUCAAUAAAAUACUUGGUUGUGAUAACAGCGGUUGUGAUAUCACUCACUCAUUUGUAACUGCUAAUGUUAUGUGUGAUACUUCACCCAAUGUCUGUGAUGUGGGUAAAACAUGUGGUAAAGGCGAAAGUUGUAUAGAAAAAGUUUCCAAAAUGAACAGUAAUACGUAUAAGAAUGCUGACCAGUCUAAAGGCAAUUUAGUUUAUGGCUCUAAAUUUGCAAAAUUGUUAAAGGAUGAAAACUGUGUACAAGGGAGGACAGAUUCAAAGGUCGAAUGUGGUUGGAGAAAAGGGGGUCGUCUCACGCUGGGCCAGGUUGCAGACUUGUUUGACAAGCCGCUUCUGCAUCAGUUGAAGAACGAGUGUGGAGGGCUGCAGACUCUGCUGAGGAACCAUUCUCAUAUAUUCCAAGUAAGCGGAGGACAUGUUUGUCUGCGUGAUUUCACUCUUGAUAACCCAUUUGAAGGCAGAUAUAUGAAGGGUCGUUACACGGAUAAGACAGACUAUGUGAAGACCACGCUGUGCUGGUUUUAUGACCACCACCCUGACGGAUGUCCGAGAUCAUCUGACAAGUGUGCGUAUGCACAUGGUAUACAAGAACUGCGCACAAAACCAAGGAAGGAAAAAUCAUAAUCAACGUUUAACUUUUAUAAAUUUUGAUAUUUGAUGUACAUGUAUUUGCAUGUUUAAGUUAUUUAUUGAAGCUCUGAUGGGAAAGUGACAAUAAUGGAGAAUAACGGUUGACAGUAAUGUUGUUUUGUAAUAUACAUGUAUCAGAUGAGGCUAAAAAUAAAAGCUGAGCUGUUUUUAUUUGUGCCAAGCCUGAUAUAUGACAACACGAUAGGAAAGUAUCCUUUUUACUGUUUUCUAAAGAAAUUUAAUUUAUUAAACAUAAUUCCCUUUUACUCUGCAUUCUUGGCAGGAAUGUAUAUGUUGUAUGAUGUUUUACAUUUUUAUAAUGACAUCAUGGGUACUUGAACUUAACAAUUGUUAAUUGCAUUUUUAGCUGUUUUUGAUGACAAUUUAAUACAGCUUGGCAUCUUA